AUGAUCCUAACCCAUCUGCCCCGUCAAUACUUAUUCAUCGCUGCCGGCGCCACCUUACCAUCAUCCUCCUCUUCCUUCUCCUCCUUGUCCUUCUAUCCCUAUUCCCUCCUCCUGCUCAUCAUCAUCAUACUAAUCGGCAUCACUAUCAUCAUUGGUUGCAACGAUACCAGCAAUGCAACAACCUAUGACCUACCUACAACGGCUUUUUCACAGCAACGUCGUCGUCAGCAGGGCCAUGACCAUUAUCGUAAGCAUAAGUGA